UCUGUCCGUCCCUCUGUCCGUCUGUCCGCCCGCCCCGCGUUCCCCCGUGUCUCUGUCCCGCAGCAAUUGAAGCAGCAGCGGGACAAGCUCCGGCAGUACCAGAAGCGGCUGAGCCUGGGGCUGGAGCGGGAGCGGGCGCUGGCCCGGCAGCUGCUCCGGGACGGCAAGAAAGAGAAAGCCAUGCUCCUGCUGAAAAAGAAACGGUACCAGGAGCAGCUUCUGGAUAAAACAGAGAACCAGAUCAGCAACCUGGAGCGGAUGGUCCAGGACAUUGAAUUCACCCAGAUUGAAAUGAAGGUCAUCGAGGGCCUGAAAAUAGGCAACGAGUGUCUGAACAAAAUGCACCAGGUUAUGUCCAUAGAAGAAGUGGAAAGGAUCAUAGGAGAAACGCAGGAUGCUGUGGAUUAUCAGAGGCAAAUAGACGAGCUCCUGGCUGGCAGCCUGACUGAGGAGGAUGAAGAUGCCAUUCUAGAAGAAUUAAAUGCUAUUACUCAGGAACAGUUGGAGCUUCCAGAGGUUCCUUCGGAGCCGCUCCCGGAGAAGAUCCCAGAAGUGUCACCCAUCAAGAACAGGCCAAAGCCAGAGCUGGUGGCAGCAUCUUAACUCCCAGUGCUGGGGAUUCCCCCACGAAACUUUCACCCUGGACAGUUUGCCCUCCCAGCAUGUGCUGGGAACAGGCAAUGCCUUGGCAGCAUCCCAGCUGUGCUGGGUGGAUUGUGGAGCAGGAUUCCCUGCGCAGGGUGGGGAACCUCAGCUGAUUAUCGCUCUUGUAUCAAGAUUAUUUUCUAGUGCUUUCUUUUUUUGUAACUUAAAUUCCAAACUCACUCAGCUGCGCUGUCUCGGGAUUAAACAGCAACUCUAAAUCAUCCAAAGCCAAAUUUUCCUCUGUAGGUUUGAUUCUGGUGGUCAGCCUGCCUUUGCUCUGGCCACAUCCCAGGAGAGCCCCGGCUCAGAGUGGCGGUGUUUGUGGCGUGGGCUGGGUGAGCACACACCCCUGGUGUCCCUGUGUCCCCUCUCUCUCCUGGCUGUGUCUGUGCAGGGGUGCUGUGUCCCCGUCCUGCUGCACGCUGGGCGGUGCUGGAGCGCAGACUCAGCCCUGCCUGGUACAGAACCAGCCCCAGGGCUUUGAUUUGGGCCAGGCUCAGCCUGGUGCUGCUCCUGCUGCAGCGGCUCUGGCCUGAUGUGCUGCGAGCUGAGGAGCCCUGGCCUGCCAGAAACCCCUGCAGUGCCAGCAAGGAGCUCCUGCCCGUGUUCCAGCCAGGAUUCCUCCCUCGUGGGCUCUGCUCCAGCGUCAGUUCAGCUGUGGCCGGGAUGGAGCCAUGGAUCUCACGGACUCUGCUCCAGCUGCUCCUGCCCAGCGUUUCCUCGGGGACUCGGACGCGCUUCCUCGGGCUCGUGCUGCACUGGACACGGGGCUGGAGCUCCAGGAAUCACCGCUCCAAAGUGCUCUGGGAGCAGCUGGAGGAGCCCCAUCCCCUCUGAGGACUCAGCUGAAGGGGCUGGAGCUCUGCCUGGGCAGUCAGUGGUGACAGAUCUUGCUGCUCUCGGAACGGGCUCACCUGCCAGCUUGCAGAUGCUCUUCAGGACACUGCAGAUCUUUAUUCAUUAUGUACUUGAAGCCAGGACCCCUAAUCUGCAUUUCUGUGACGGCAGAAGGACCAGAGGGUCCUUGGAGACUUUGUGGGGCUGUGGGAUCUGGUGCUAGACAAAAAUCCCCUGAUCCCAGGGACUGGAAUGCUCCCCAUGGUGCUGGGCCAGCAGCAGCUCUGGGUGGACUCACGCUCUCCUUGUCCUCUCUGUUGUGUUCCAAAGACUGGCCAGGGCAUCCUUGUCCUGCUCGUGUGUCCCCAAGGCAGUGAAGUGCCUUGGAGCCGCCCCAUUUCCACUCCCACUGCUGUCUCUGAGCAGUUCCCUACCAAUCCCACAGCCCCCGGCCCUGUUUGACACCAGGGCAGUGCUGGCAGAGCGGCUGCAGCCCCCGGAGCUGCCCGGGGCAUUGGAUGGUCCCAGGGCAGGGUCUCUGGUCACCCCAGUGGGGACAGGCAGCUCCUGCUCCAGCCCUGCCGGGGACAGGGUCCUGCUCGGUCCCGGUGCUUUAUCCCGUGCUCAAUCCCGGCUGUGCUGCAACGCAGCCCGUUCCCAGCAGAGAGAGCCUUGGGUUCAGCAGUGCCGCGCUGGCAGGAGCAUUUCUGGGCAGCGCUUUUCCUGCAGGCUCCUCCAGCCCUGCCAGGGCUGCCCUGCUCUGUCCCGCUCACGGAGGGAGCGCUCACAGCGGGAUCUGCCCUGGCCUUUGGGAAAACGCUGCUCCCCGGAUCGGCCCCGCCGCGGGAGAGGGGUGGGGAGGCUGCAGCCCCUCUGCUCUGCUUUUCAUCCUGAUGAACGUCCUGGCAGCAGGAGAGGCUGCGCCGGGUCCUGCUGGGUGUGGAGAGGGAGCGCGGCUGGUGCUGAAGGGGUUAAUGCGGCUCCUUGCAUUCGAUGCCAGGGUGGAGAGGCCAUUUACUGAUCCAACAGGGAAAUUCGGGGCAGAUUGGCCGCGGCUUCCUCUGCUGAUCCCUGCAGCUUGUGCUGGGUCUCCUUGGGAGGAAGGGCCGGGGCUGGGCUGUGACCUCCGGGCUGUGCUGUGACAAUAAAUUGGCUCCAGUGGUU